UAUAAAAGCACGCGGAGAUCUCUUGACUCUUUUAGUUUUCUCGUGGACGUUCAGUUGUGAUCGGUCUUAUUUACAGCGUUGAAGUGAAUUUUAAAUUGAAUUAAAAGUGCCCCAAAAAGUGUUCAAAAAGUGUCCAAAAAAGGGCUCUGAAAGUGAUUUAAAAAGAGAAUUUCUUUGAAGGAAGACAGAAGAGGAUGAUGCGGAAGCCCAGUUCACCGCAGGAGUACAAGAAGGACCUCCAACCGAGGGUAUCCCUCGAUGUGGGGGCAAAGCAUGAGACGGAUUCACUAACAGUGAGCGAAGCACCGACGGAAGUUGAGAUGAGACGAAAAAUUAAGUACGGUGGACCCCUAACAGCGGCCUGGGGGCUAUUUUCCGAAUACUGCAACAACAGCACAAUCCACGGUGUUAAGUAUUUGGGCGAAAGACGACGUCCAUGGAUGGAAAGAGCUUGGUGGGUUAUAGUAUUCGUCCUUUCGAUCUACGGAUGUAGUCGUCUGAUUUGGAAUGUAUGGAAUAAGUGGGAUCAGAGUCCGGUAAUUGUGAGCUUUGCUGAAAAAUCCACCCCAGUGUGGCAAAUUCCCUUUCCAGCUGUGACCGUUUGCCCCGAAACGAAGACCAAGAGGGAAUUUCUCAACUACACCGAAGUUUACCAUCUAUUUCGCGGUUCAGGUGAUGGCGACUACAACAUGACUGAUGAACAAUUUGCAAAAUUUCAAGCUCUGUCCCAAGUAUGUGAUGCCCAUCUUGUGGCUGAGGAUAAAAUAGGGGAGAACACAACAGAUAGUCGAUGUACGGAUUUUUUGAAAGAAAUGGCCCCAACUGCGGAGGAAAUUCUCUUUUUCUGCAAAUGGAGGAAUACCCCAGACACGUGUGCGGACCUCUUUACUGAAAUCCUCACGGAGGAGGGUUUCUGCUACACCUUCAAUGCCCUAAAUGCAUCCGAAAUCUACCGCGAGGAGACCCUUCACGAUGGGUUUGUCUUUCAUACGCACAACAAAACCUCGGAGCAUUGGACACUGGAGAAUGGGUACUCUCCUGAGGCAUCCUUGACACCCUUCCCGGUACGUGUUCUUGGUGCUGGUGCCCGUGCGGGGCUCUUCAUCCUCCUUCGUCUCUAUGAGUAUGAUUUGGACUACAUCUGUCGUGGCCCCGUUCAGGGAUUCAAGAUUCUCCUCCAUACACCCGGGGAGAUUCCUCAGGUGUCCAAACAAUACUUCCGUGUCCCUCUAAAUCAGGAAGUCGUUGUCUCCGUAAAGCCAAAUAUGAUUACAACUUCCGAUGGUCUCCGGGAAUAUUCGCCCAAUAGGCGCCAGUGCUUUUUCAAUCACGAGCGCUAUCUGCGCUACUUCAAGAUCUACACCCAGCAAAAUUGUGAGCUUGAAUGCCUCUCAAACUACACAUUCAGUCAAUGUGGUUGCGUAAAGUUCUCAAUGCCACGUGAUGCGAAUACCCCUGUUUGUGGAUCGAAGAGUAUUGAGUGCUACAACGAUGCGGAGGAUCAACUGUUGCAGCGUGAAAUCAAGGAGGGUCUGCAGGAUUCACGAUUGAACGUAAAGGGGCAGACACAGUGCAACUGCUUGCCAGCGUGCACGUCAAUUGUGUACGAUGCAGAAAUUUCGCAGGCUGACUUUGACUGGGAGAGCCUCUUUAUUGCCUACAAGAAUCCCCUUGAUGAAUUUCCACAAGUUCAAUUGGCACGCUUAUCAAUUUUCUUCAAAGAAACUCAAUUUAUUACAUCAAAACGCUCCGAAUUGUACGGCCCAACGGACUUUCUUGCCAACUGUGGUGGUCUUCUGGGUCUCUUUAUGGGUGUCUCCCUCCUCAGUAUCGUUGAAAUUGUCUACUUCUGCACAAUUCGCCUUAUUUGCAACUUGAGUCAACGACGUAGCCGUAAGAGAUCAAUUGUAAAUCCGGGAAUUGUUGUUCUUACCCCGAGUAAGGCACUAGGAUCCGAUUAUAAUGCAACAAAAUAAUUUAUUUUAAUAAAAUCACUUUUCUCAACAUUCAAUUUAAAAAAAAAAUGUGGAUAAAACUUCAACACUUUGCAUAUCAAGAAUUAUUUGAAAGAUUUUUUGAUAAAUGGGAUAAAUCUGUUAUAUUUGUAGUAUAUCAAUAAAUUAAUUUAAAUAUUAAAGUAAAAUAUUCGUAAAUAUUGUAAAAUUGAACGUUCGUAUUUGUUCAGUGAAAUAGUAGGAGGAACUCACGUAAGAAAUGUAAAAGGAGAACGUAAAUAAAUAAACAGAAUAAGAAA